CUCGACGAGAGUCAAAUGAUUCUAUAACGUCUUACCAUUCGUAAUGCCGAUAAUGAUAAAACGUUCGAUAUUAUUUCUGUAUAUUUUUGUGUUAUAUUCAACUAUCGUUAGUGCAAUCGAACCAGUUUCAAAAAAUGUUGAAAUCGAAAGCAAUGUUACAGAGGAUAAUAAUAUUAUCGAAACACAAUAUGCAGUUUGUAAAAUUUCGACGGAAGAAUUAGUCGCAAAUGCACAUGCUACCGUAACGAAAGUUCUCACAGGAGCCUGCAAUGCAAAAACAGUAGAAGCGAGAUUUCAAAAAUUAGAAAAGAAUUUAUCCGACGAGUUACAGGAGAUUAAGAUACUUCUUCGUACGUUAAUGGAACAACGUGAUAUUUCAUCGAAAAUCAAUGAUACGAUUUAUCGAAAUAACAAACAAAAUGUUAAAUUUAAUUACAAGAUUUUUUACAACAAUCAUAACGUUUCUCCAAGACAAAACGAGAUCAAUGAAUUUAAUUAUACGAUCAAAACGGAAUCAUUGAAUAAAUCCUCGAAAUUUUUUACGUAUUAUUGGGAAAUCAGAGAUUUCGAGGAGAAACUUUCGAAAUGGGAUAGAACACGUUUCGAGCGUAGCUCAACUUUUUACGUGGGUCAACCUGGGUACGCGAUGUAUUUAAAAAUUAUACCGAAAUAUUUUCCAGAUGGUACGGUGUUUAUAAGCGUUGGUUUAACGCGUGGUCGAUACGAUUCGUUCGUUAAAUGGCCAUUCUCUUAUAAAAUCCAAUUGUCGAUUUUAGAUCAGUCAUUAGAAGAAUGGCAAGAGGAUCGACCUUCUCGAAUUUGGGAUCCAACUGCACUUUGUACAGAAUAUUUUUGGAAACGGCCUAUAUCAAUUGGUGAAAUGGAUAAUCCAGAAUGCGUUGGGUUAAGUAUCCCAAGAAAUGUUAUACUCUCUAGAUUACCUUUGGUUUUUCGUACUGGUAAAAGUCAUUCUCGAUAUAUUUGGAAUGACAGUAUAUUAGUGAAACUCGUUAUCUAUUUAUAAAUAUUACCGAUCUUUGAGCGUCAUUCGAAGUGAUUUCGAAAGAAACAAUCCAAUAUUUCUUUUUCUUUUUACAACAUGAAAUUCGUUUAUUAUAAUUUCUUUCACAGAUAUAACACUUUUUUUAUGACAUAAAAUAUCAGAAUUAAUUAUAAUACGAUCUAUAACAAAACGUAUUCUCAAUUAUAUUCAUAUUUACGCGAUAUAAAUCAAUAGAUAUUGAAAUGACAUAGCGACAUAUUAAAAGCUAUUGAAAACAUUUUCGUAACUGAUAUCAUAAUAUCAAAAUAAUAUAUAAAUUAAUUCGUUGCAUUCGAUCAAUAGACUUAUUGAAAAAUAUUAUUAAACGGUAGAUUAAAUAAUUAUAAAUAAUUUAAUAAUAUUUUGACUUUCGAUUGUUCAUUUUAUAAAUCUAAAGGAAUACUUAUAUUAGUAUCUAUCAGUCAAUUAAUUUCAUCCAAUGCCAAUUCUCGAUCGGGAAAAACUGUGAAGUCCUGUGUUAUCUCUGGGAGUUCGUAAUCAUUAGUAUCUCGAGAAAUUGUGUUUCGAAUUUCUUUGGAAGCCUCAUUCAUUAAAGUUCUAUAGAUAGGUAUCGGAAGACGAAUUCCAAUUUCUUUCUUGGAAUCAAAGUAUGGAGAAUGAAUCGAAAUUCCAUGGAAACUCCUUUUCCUUCCACAUCCUAUAAAAUGUUAGCCAUUUAACAUAAAUGUUAAAAGAUGGCAUGCAUUUUCGUUUCUUUAAAGAAGAAUCCACUCACCAGUAAACGCAUUGCAAAAUGGUCUUUUCAUUUUAUAUGUUUUAUCCAUCGAAAAUGCGUUCGAGAUAUCGCGCUGAAAUCGAUCAGAACAAUUUUUACACGUGAAAAUAUCGUAUAAAUAUAAAUGAUCAAAAUCAUACAGCUUAUAAUUUUUCUAUUCAAUAGCUUACCUUAUUUUGCAUUCCUUCUACAUAUCCCAUCUUUAUUAAGAAUAUCAAUGGUAUUAUGUAGAGAAGGUAAUGAAUUAUCUAAAAAUUAAAAGCAAAUUUUAACGAUUUAAAUGAUUUAAUGAUAAGAAACAAUUAAUUGUAAUUAAAGAUACUUUCGAUAAAAAUAUAUAGAAAAAGUAAUCGAUUGUCUAAAGGCAAGAGCAAGUUUUUAAGAUUUAAACGAAUUAAGGAAAUAAUUGUGGUUGAGAAAUAAAAAAUUCUAAAAGCUUUGAAAAACAAUCUGAACAUUAUAAUCCUAUAAUCGCCUACAAUUCCUAUUGUUACAUAACUUAAAUAACGUGGAAAUGUUAUACAAUCA